AUGUCGAGCGCCUGGAGAAUGGCUUCUCUCAUGAAUGUGGAUCUCUCGAAGGGCAUUCUCGGCGCCAAGAGCUCCAGCGCCGCGGGACUCCGGGUACUGCGCAAGCGCUCCACAGCGAUUCGCAGGCGCAGCAACAGCACAGUGGCGUGCCCGGCGCUCAAGAUCGUCAACAGCGCCAGCGCGGUCCUCAUCCCUCCUGUCAAGACCCCGGGCUCGAUCAAUCUCCUCAACGGGCAGCACCAGCCGCGGAUUUUCCCGCAAGAGGGCGGCGGCGAGGAGGAGAAUCUCGGCAGGCAGCUCGAGGGCUAUCUCAAUUCCCCAAACGAUGUGGGCCUCCUGGCUCGGGCGCUGGACGAGCAGCACGGUGAGUACUUCGUGGCAAUGGAUGCGAUCGACAGGAUGAGGCGCGAGGGCGGCGCCUCUCCAGAGCUGGAUCUGGCGGUGAGGAACGCGGUGGUGGCCUUGUACGCUAAGUUCGGCAGCCUGGCCGACGCUUGCAAGGCGUUUGAGAGGAUCCAGCAGCCCAAUGUGGAGAGCUGGAACGCGCUGCUCAUUGUCUACUGCCGCCUGGGGACUUGCAACAACAUCGCCCAGAUCGUGGAUCGGAUGCGCAGCAUCGGGGUCUGGCCAAACGAGCGGACCUUCCUCACAAUCUUCGAGCGAGUGCGGCACAUCGAGGAUGGCAAGCGGCUGGCCGAGAAAGUCAAGGAGCAGCAAGGCCUGGAUCUCAGCAUCGUCGGGGCGGCGCUGGUGACCAUGUUUUGCCGCUUCUCCAGCGUCUCGGAUGCCCGGGACGCGUUUGACAAGAUACCCGAGAAGGGCAUCCCGGCCUACACGGCGAUGAUGGCCGGGUACGUGAACGAGAAGAAGCCCAAGGAGGCGAUCGAGCUCUACCACGCUCUCCAGCAGAGCAACUUGCCAGUGACCAACACCGUGCUCGCCAUCGUGCUUGGAGCGUGCUCAAACCUGGUGGACAGUGACGAGGGCCGCGCGGCUCACUACACCGCCAUCGAGCUCGGCCUCCAGGACGAUCCCGUCGUCCAGAACGCGGUGGCGACGAUGUACGCCAAGUGUGGAGGACUGGAGGAGGCCCGGGCGGUUUUUGACGCCAUGGAGAUCCGGAACGUAGACGCGCUCACCUGGUCCUCGCUCAUCGGGGUCUACGGCUCGCAAGGCAAGACUGACGAAUCGCUCCGGCUGGCGCGGAGGAUGCAGCACGAAGGGAUGAUCCUGGACGGGAACUGCUUCGCCAACUUGAUCUUCAGCUGCGCGAAUGGCCGCCGGGACGCCGAGGCGUGCCGGUUCUUCAUGGACAUGAGGAGCGACUAUGGGGUCGUUCCCGGCAAGGAGCACUUUGGGUGCUUGGUGGACGCGGUCGGGCGGGCCGGGCAUCUCAAAGACGCGGAGGAUCUGAUCAAGGCCAUGCCGAUGCAGCCGGACGAGCACGUAUGGAGCGUGCUGUUCGCGAGCGCGCAGCUGCACGGCGACGCGCAGAGGAUCCAGCGCUCGGCGGAGAUCAUGAUGAAGAUGAAUCCUCAGCUGGAUCCGCUGGGAACCGGCGCGAACAGGACUGCCGCUCGGUGGGAGGAGGCCAGGAAAGUGCGAGAGCUCAUGAGGAAGCGCGGGAUCAAGAAGGAGCCCGGGAAGAGCAUGAUCACGAUCAACAAUGUGGUGCACAGCUUCAUGGCGCGCGAUCGGUCGCACAUCCACACGAAGGAGAUCUACGCCGAGGUGGACAGGAUCACGGAGAUUUGCAAGAAAGAGGAGAACUACAUCCCCGACACGAGAUACGUUCUCCAUGACGUUCCUGAGGACCAGAAGCCCAAGCUACUGUACUAUCACAGCGAGAGAUUGGCUAUGGCGUAUGGGCACAUCGCGACGCCGCCGGGAUCGGCCCUGCGGGUGAUCAAGAACUUGAGAGUUUGUGGGGAUUGUCACACCAUCUCCAAGAUGUGGGCCAAGAUCAUGCAGCGGGAGAUUAUCGUGCGAGACAAUCGGAGGUUUCACCACUUUGCGAAAGAUGGUACGUGUUCUUGUGGAGAUUACUGGUAA